GCGCGGGGCGAGCGGCGGCCCAGCCUCGGCGCGCGGAGGGCGGCAGCGGUGCGGCGCGGAGCCAUGGUGAUCAUGUCCGAGCUGAGCGCGGCCCCCGCCGGCCCCGGCCAGGGCCAGCAGAAGCCCCUCCGCGUGGGCUUCUACGACGUGGAGCGGACGCUGGGCAAGGGCAACUUCGCGGUGGUGAAGCUGGCCCGCCAUCGAGUCACCAAGACCCAGGUUGCAAUAAAAAUAAUUGAUAAGACCCGAUUAGAUUCGAGCAACCUGGAGAAAAUCUACCGUGAGGUUCAGAUCAUGAAGCUUCUGAAUCACCCUCACAUCAUAAAGCUAUACCAGGUUAUGGAAACAAAGGAUAUGCUUUAUAUUGUCACCGAGUUCGCAAAGAAUGGAGAAAUGUUCGAUUAUUUGACUUCCAACGGGCACCUCAGCGAGAACGAAGCGCGUAAGAAGUUCUGGCAGAUUCUGUCGGCCGUGGAGUACUGCCACAGCCACCACAUCGUGCACCGGGACCUCAAGACGGAGAACCUGCUGCUGGACGGCAGCAUGGACAUCAAGCUGGCAGAUUUCGGGUUCGGGAAUUUCUACAAGUCAGGAGAGCCCCUGUCCACGUGGUGUGGGAGCCCCCCGUAUGCGGCCCCAGAGGUCUUCGAGGGGAAGGAGUACGAAGGCCCCCAGCUGGACAUCUGGAGCCUGGGUGUCGUGCUCUACGUCCUGGUCUGCGGCUCGCUCCCCUUCGACGGGCCCAACCUGCCAGCUCUGCGCCAGCGGGUGCUGGAGGGCCGUUUCCGCAUCCCCUUCUUCAUGUCUCAAGACUGUGAGACCCUGAUCCGCCGCAUGCUGGUGGUGGACCCUGCCAAGCGCAUCACCAUCGCCCAGAUCCGCCAGCACCGUUGGAUGCAGGCCGAGCCCUCCGUGCCGCGGCCCCCCUGCUCGGCCUUCCCCACGCUCGGCUACGCCUCCAGCCUGGGCCGCUACGACGAGCAGGUGCUGGGCGUGAUGCACAGCCUCGGCAUCGACCGGCAGCGCACCGUGGAGUCCCUGCAGAACAGCAGCUACAACCACUUUGCUGCCAUUUAUUACCUCCUCCUGGAGCGGCUGAAGGACCGCCGGCCCACCCCGCCAGCGGCCCGGCCCAGCCCCGCCCGGCCGCAAAGGCCCAGGAGCUCCGACCUCAGCAGCUGUGAGGUGCUUCAGGAAGGCCUCUCCAGUGACUCUUUCCAAUCCUCCCUGCUGUGCCCACAGCCCCAGGCCUUGGGGCAGUCUGUCCUGCAGGCCGACACGGACUGUGACCCCCUCAGCUCCCUCCAGCCCUUGCUUUUCCCCCUGGACGCCAACUGCAACGGAGUGUUCCGGCAUCGCUCCAUCUCCCCCAGCGGCCUGCUGGACGUGCCCGUUGGAGAGGAAGUCAGGCAGGGCCCGGGCCUGGAGGAGGAGCGGGAGGCCCAGAAGCCCCUGUCCGGCGGCACGGGCCGCAGGCACACACUGGCCGAGGUCUCCACCUGCUUCUCCCCAUGCGCCCCUCCGUGUAUAGUCAUCUCAUCCUCUGCCGCGAGCCCGUCAGAAGGCGCCAGCUCCGAUAGCUGCCUGACCUCAGCGGGCGAAGGCCCGGCGGGGCUCGGUGGACGCCUGGCCGCUCAGGGGCUGGUGGGCACCUGCUCCCCUCUCAGACUGGCCUCCCCGCUCCUGGGGGCCCAGUCUGCCACCCCAGUGCUGCAGGCUCAGGGGGCCCCAGGAGGGGUCACGCUGCUCCCCAUCAGCUUCCAGGAAGGCCGGAGGGCGUCGGACACCUCGCUCACUCAAGGGCUGAAAGCCUUCCGACAGCAGCUGAGGAAGAACGCGAGGACCAAAGGGCUCCUGGGCCUGAACAAGAUCAAGGGGCUGGCUCGCCAGGUGUGCCUGCCCUCCUGCUCCAGCCGUGCCUCCAGGGGUGGCCUGAGCGCCUUCCAGCUGCCUGCGCAGAGCCCGGGCCUGCACGGCAGCGGGGCCAGCGGCCGGGAGGGCCGGAGCCUGCUGGAAGAGGUCCUACACCAGCAGAGGUUGCUCCAGUUGCAGCACCACCUGGCAGGCCCGCCCAGCUGCCCGCCGGCCCCCCAGCUGCCCCCGGCUCCGCUGGUCCUCGCCCCGUGCGACGGCGCCCUCCUGGUGUCGGGACUCCAGAAAGAGCUGGGGUUGGCGCCCAGCCCACUGCUGCCGGCCCACCUCCUGCAAGCCGGGGGCUCCCCGGUGGCCUCGGCGGCCCGGCUCCUGGACACCCACCUGCACAUCAGCCGCGCCCCGGCCACCCAUCCCACUGCCACGCUGCCCCCUGGCUUUGUGGCUACGGGGCUGCCGCAGGCGGACUGCGAGAUGGAGGACCUGACCACGGGCCCGCGGGGCACGUUUGUGCUGGUACAGUGAGGGCCCCACGUUUGCUCGGGCCGCUGGCCCUUCGAAGCAAUAAUUUCGGAGUAUGGGAAGACGGUUCCGGACUCGAAGCCAAUACGUUUCUAGAAGCGAAACAAGCAAUACGUUCGGUGUUUUGGCUUUUUUGUUGGUUUUUUUAUUUUUUUCUUUGCACUGAGCAAAUGUAACUCUGAGUAGGGCCUGGAAACGUUCUGAAGAACAAUAAUAACCGAGGGGCGUGUUGGGGUGGGCAGAUGGGAAGGGGA